AUGACAGAGGUUUCGUGGAGCAAGUGGGACUUCAGCGGUUUGGACACUGCUGGGUCCGGCAAGGUUGAUGGCAUCCAGGAUCCAAUCGGAUACAAGCUGACUAUGGACAACAGCGGGGACGCUGCCGGAAAGAACAAGUCCAAGACUGCAAAUCAGGAGCUUCUUGAAAAGAAGGCGUGGGAAGUGGCGGUUGCACCUAUCCAGUCUGUGGGCAUGAACCUCUUCAUGCUUUGGAUGAGCGGGUCGUCUCCGGGAAUCUUCACAGUGAUGAUCUUAGGGUAUUGUUUGACCUCCAUUGUCGGGCAGUUCACCAAAGCCAAUGCGGCCUUCCAAAAUUUCAAGACGAUCGACACGACAUUGCAGUGGCUCGCCUACCUGGCGCUCUGCUCCGUGUCUUUGGCAUACCUCCUGUACCACAUGGCUGGGAUGGGCCUUCUGCCGAACUCUUCCGGCGAUUGGAUAGCAUUGAUUCCCAACGUGGAGGUCAUAGAGACAGCAGGACUCCGUGGGCCAGCUCACGCCUGUCGGCCGGAUCUCGACAAAGACCCGCUGUUUGAGCCCUGGCAAGCAUGCUCGUCGGACAACAUCCCCUGUCUGCUCUGGCAGAACCCUUUCGCCACGGCGGUUGUGGACAAAUUCUCAUGGCAGCAGCUCAGAGGCGAAUUUGGAGCUGCCAGCUUCAACCCGAACGUACUUCAGCUCUCCGGGUUCUUUGUGGGAGGCGUCGCCCCGAAGUACACCGAAGAGUUUCAGCCGCUCAUGGUUUCCAGUGCAAGCCUUGGCUAUAUGAGAAGCGUAGACGAUGGCGGGUGGGAUGCGGUGUUGCAGGAGCAUGGGGAAGCUGAAGAAGAAGAGCUGGCCACGCCUGGGGCUGCAGGCACGAACGGUCCAACCCAAGCAGGGGCAGAAAUGUGGGUCAGAGUUUCGGUCAACAGGCCGGGCGAGCUGGAUGCACCUGCAAACAGUGCACCUUGCUGGGUCAGCAACAUCAGUUCGCCACGGAAGGCUUCACCUGGCCUGCGUGAUUGGCAGAUGGCAGCAGCAACGACCUGUGGCGUACUCGGAUCAUCUGGACAAGGUUCGGCGUGGCGAAGCAACUUCGAGCACGAAGAAGUCGAACGAGGGCCGAUUGUUGAUGCCGCCGAAGGUGCAGGCACUUCAGCCCUGGUCGACGGCGGUAUUCCCGUGGGUGAGCAUCCCGGAGUCGGCAGGUGUGCUGGCACGGUGCCGGCGCCGUGUCCAGCGGACACACACGAACCGCAGCAACGUGCUUUUGCCAUGGAUUUUCACGAAAGCGAGACGUUGGGCAGCCUCUCAGGAGACAGGGCUGCGAUGAAUGAGACGGAUGAGACCUAUGCGAGCGCCGCUCAUGGGAUGUGGAAGACCGGACGGCAGGGAAAGCCGCUGGGUCAGUUGGACCGGAUCAUGGCGGCCAGGUCAGAGCAACAGGAGAGCUUCAGCAAGACACACGCUCGCGGUGCACCUGACCGGAAAGGGUAUCCUGCUGGCAAAGCCAGUACUGGGCCAGUGUCGCAUCCCCUGCAUCUUUCCACAGGUUCUGGAUCCCACAGCAAGACAGGUCAGAGGUCCGCGCAGACAGCUCGACUUCCUGCGAAAACGGUCUACAAGAGCUGGCCAGCGACGGGCAGCCCCGUGUACAACAGCAGGACCGUGCCGGGAGAGGGGGAUGCAUUUGAAGAUGGACAUGAUGGACUGCAUCUGACCUCAGCAUGGUCCAAGGCCAGCAAAGGUCGUGCAGGUCGCGUUGUACGGGGUGCGAAGUAUCUUCCUGGCAGGAGGUUUGGCCGUGAUGGUCGCAGCGUGUCCCCACGUCUACCCGGUGGCUUCACAGUCAAAACGUGCACGGACAGCGAAGUGCCUCGUCGCUCCAACUCCAUGCCAGAAAGCCUAGCCACAAAGGUCACCAAGCCUGCAGAGCCUGUGAAAGACGAGCACGCGUUUGUGGAUCCUUCGGCAUCUUCAACCGCAGCAGCACACCGAAUUACAGACGUCAGACCCAAGCUUGCAACCUCGCAGGAUGUGGAAACAGCCAAGCAGGCAAGCUCAGAUUCCUCAAGACCUUGCACAGGAUCACAGGCAGCGGCGGCUGCUUCCAGCCCAUCCAGCCCGGCGGAGAUCGAAAAGAUUGAGAUCAAAGAGGGGCACAGCGGAGACCUCCGCGCCGCAUCUGCGCAGGACAAAGGCCCACUUCCUUCCAUUGGCAAAGGAAAGCUGCCACCACCGGCUGUGCCAAAGCAGAAGGGUGACGGCAAGAAGGGGAAAGGAGGAGCCAAGGGUGACCUGAAAUCUCUCCAGGUCGAGGAGGAAAAGAUGUCAAUGCGAAAAGCGGAGGUGAUCCCGACCGUCCAGGUGAAGCGAAUUUUUUGGAAUCCCAUCCAUCUCCGAGCCCAAAGCUCCACAGUAUGGGAUCUCAUCGAUGAUGAGUCUUAUUGCAUCGAUCUGGAGGAGCUGGAACGGCUCUUUGCGGAGGCCAGAAGUCCGAGGGGCAAACUGGAGGAGAAAACCGGAGGAGGUGAGGGAAAGCGGAUCAUUCGGGUCUUUGACGAGCAGAGGCGCAGGCAGAUUUGUAUCAUGAUUGCCCGUCUGCCGGGAAAUGCCUUGAAGCUGGUCAAUGACAUGAACGCACUAAGGCUCGGCAGAGAUGAGGUCGAGCUACUCCUCCAGAACUGCCCAUCGGCAGAAGAGACACAUAUGCUUCGGCGUGCCCAAGAGGAGAAUGUUGUUGAUGAAAACAAUGUUUGGGACACGGCAGAGGAAUUUAUGCUGUCGCUGCUGGCAAUUCCUCGAGUUCAACUGCGCUUGAAAGUGUGGGGCUUCGUCACCUCCUUCCAGGAAAAGUUCGAGCAUGUCGCAGCUGAUGUGACUGGCAUUAUUUCUGGGUGUCGAUGCUUGCUCUCAUCGAUAAGGCUGAGGCACUUGCUCGGAGUGGCGUUGCAUGCAGGGAAUUUCCUGAACGGUGGGACGCGGCGCGGACGUGCAGAUGGCUUUGCGAUGGAAGCCUUGCUUCAGCUUCGCACUGUUAAGGCUACACAGGCCGCAGACGAGACUCUACUGCAUUUCAUCACACUGCAGAUGGAGAAGCAGUACCCCGGUGAGCUUUCCGGCCUCUUCUCACAAGGACAGGAGGCAGACUGGAUCCGACAUGCUUCCAGACGACGCAUCGAGGAUGCCGCACAGGAAUGCGGCUCACUGCUGGCCCAAGCGGUGCACAUGCUGAAGACCAUCCGGCUGGUGCUCGAAGAAGAUCAUGCGUCCGAGGACGGUUCCCUCAAGGAGGAUCCUCUCCAGCAUUUUGGAGAGUGCUUGUCCAUGUGUGUCGCAGAGCUUGAAGCACUACAAGGCAGAAUAGGCGGGGUACCGUAUUUGUUUUGUCAAUUUGGUAUAUAUUUUUUGUGA